AUGUCUACAUCCGAACCGCAUGAGAUUCCGGAGGGGCUGGAACAGGACGAUCUCCUAGACGCCGAGGAAGCCGACGAAGAGAUUGUCAAGGAUGAUGACCACCCUAUGGAGGAGGACGAUGAAGACUUUGAAGAUGAGGAGAUACAAUUGCAAAACGAUUCUGUCGCACACUUCGACGCUCAUACAGAUAGCAUCUUCUGUAUCGCGCAACACCCCGCAAACCCAUCCAUCGUAAUCACCGGAGGCGGCGACGAUGUUGCCUAUAUCUUUGACACUUCGAUCGCACAAACGGCCACUUCCCAACCUCAAGGCGAACGGAAGAGCCUCGCGCCCCUUCAGAAACUCGACGGUCACACCGACUCGGUCAAUGCCGUAACAUUUACACUCCCACGGGGUGAGUAUGUCGUGACGGCCGGUCUGGACGGGAAGCUGCGGGCAUGGAAGAGUGAGGACGCUUCAGCACAAAAGUGGGCAUUCAUUGCGGAAGCUUCAGAAGUUCAAGAAAUCAACUGGGUGGCCGCAUCGCCGAAUACCGAGCACGAGAAUGUUGUUGCUCUAGGUGCCAAUGAUGGUUCUGUCUGGGUAUACCAGAUUAAUGCGGCCGACUCGGGCAGCCCAUUGACAAUAGUCCAAGCCUACUACUUACACACCGAAUCCUGCACAGCGGGUGCAUGGACACCGGAUGGUACUCUCCUGGCAACUGUGGCCGAAGAUGGAAGUCUGUAUGUCUGGGACGUCUUCUCAACUGGUCAGGCGGUUGUGACCUGCACAGCUGCUGACGCACGGUUCGAAGUCGAGGGUGGACUUUACAGUGUGGCAUGCACCUCAUCUAUCGUCGCUGUUGGUGGCGCCGGCGGAAAUAUCAAAGUGGUUGGUCUGCCACAGCCAGCCGAUCAUGCAAAGAAAAAUGCAAAGGGCGCCGGUGCGUCUCGUCAACAAGCCUCGUCUGCAGGCCAGUUGCUGGCCUCGUUACAAGCACAGACUGAUGGUGUCGAGACUCUGUCAUUCUCGUCUCCACCGCUCACCAUCCUGGCUGCAGGCAGUGUCGACGGCUCCAUCGCUUUGUUCGAUACAGCGCAUCGUUUUGCCCUACGCCGACAUAUUAAGGAGGCACAUGAAGAUUAUGCGGUGGUCAAAGUCGACUUUGUGCGCAACCCGCAACGUGGAGGCUGGCUGCUGACCAGUGCGGGAAUGGAUGGGGUAUUGAGGCGGUGGGAUGUCCGCGGGGGAACCACUGCAGCAGGACAAGGCUUUCUACAGGAAUGGAGAGGCCAUAGAGGAGAAGGUGAAGGCGGUGGAAUUCUGGGCUUUGUACAAGGAGGGGGCGGCUCCAGGAUUGUCACAGCGGGUGAUGAUGGUGUAGCAUUGGUCUUCCGAGCAGAGAUCGCAUAA